UAGUUUGAGAUUCUUUUUGUUAUAUUUUCUGCUUCCUCCGCUGUUAUAGAUUAUCGUUUUCUCGAUCAACUUAUCUUCAGAUGCACAAAUUAUUUGGGGCCUGUUUGGAAUGUUACCGUGCCAUUGCAAUUGAGGGUAAUUAUAUAAUUUUUAUAUGUUCUUCUUAUCAACUAAUAAUUGUUUAGUCUUUUUUGGUCCAUUCUUAUCUCCAUCGCAGUGAAGCAGAAAAACUUUACCUACUCCGAAAAAUGGUUCAGAGACUUACAUAUCGAAAGAGGCACAGUUAUGCCACCAAAUCCAAUCAACAUAGGGUUGUCAAAACUCCUGGUGGAAUGCUAAUUUACCAGACCACCAAGAAGAGAGCCAGUGGUCCUAAAUGUCCAAUUACUGGGAAGAGAAUCCAAGGGAUUUCACACUUGAGACCUGCUGAAUACAAGAGAUCCAGAUUGCAUAGAAACCGCAAGACUGUGAAUCGUGCGUAUGGAGGUGUGCUGUCUGGACGUGCCGGAAGGGGGAGAAUCAUUCGGGCCUUCUUCGUUGAAGAACAAAAAAUUGUGAAGAAGGCGUUGAAGAUUCAGAAGGCAAAGGAAAAUCUAGCCUCAAAGUAGAUAGACUGAAGUCUCUGUCAAUUCUAUUAUGAUUUCAGAUAACUUAGCUUUGAUGACGAUGAAGAUGUGUGAAAAAACAUGUUGAAAUGCAAGUACCAGAUUUCGCAAGCCAAUGAACAUAUCUAAAUCGACAUCAAUAAAUAGUUUUGCGUAAAUAAAGAUAGAUGCCCCGAGUACAAUGAGGACAAAUGACUAGAAAUCGAGCAGUUUGGUCAAGUUUUGGAAGCAAGGACCAAGUGUGCACGAGAAGGAGCAAAGAAGGGAGCUGGACGAAACAAGAAACUGAAAAAUCCCUCCUAGGGCGCCGCCCCUGGAAAGGAAGCCCAGAAGGCCGAGAAACUGGAAAACUGUAACGACUCAUUUGGUCGUUUAGCACUUUUAGGCCUAAUAUCCCUAAAACACCCUUUUCGUGGUCUAAUUUUGGUGUCUAUAGCUUGCGAUAACGGGUGAUUCGGUUAUUUAAUUGACGAGUAAAUUUUAGAACAUAUGUAUUUAAUGUGUGUGAAUAGUUUAUUCAUAGAAAUAUUAUUUG